GGGUCUGAAUACAACAUCUGGAGAAUGGUGUUCUUUACACCAAAGGAAAAAGCCAUGCUGUUGGAUGAUGCUCUGAAAGCAGGCUAUGGGAUAUCUGCUACUGCCACGCGACUGGUUCUGCGAAGCCCCUAUAACACGCCUGAGACAUACACUGAGAAUGUACAUGGAGUGCCAAUGGAAGUCUUCAGAGCAACAACCUACUUCAAGGGCAGUUGGUCCGUAGCUAUGCUGGAUACAGCUGCUGCUUGUCCCACUGGUGGACUUGUUUUUACGGAUGAGCUGAUUAGAUGGUAUAUGCCUCAACACAUUACCCCGCUGUCCUUGAAUGUCCCGGAGAUCCUGGAAGUGUACAUGGGGAUUGAUGGCAAGCGACUUGAUGCUGAAGGCAUGGCCUCUAAAGGCUAUGUGCUGUCUAUGCAGGACUCCCAGAUUCUCAUGGAGAUACCCAUAGGGGGACCUGAUGGGUACUACAAGAGUCAUGCCUUGGAUUAUCAGUACCACAUCACAUACACCAUUGAACCAAUGCUUGAAAUGUUGUGGCGGGAAGGUGACUUGGAUUUGACCAGAUACAAAGUGCUCUUCCCCAUCACCACUCCACCAAUGCCUAGGCCACCUCAUGUCAUUGAUCAAACUGUACCUGAGCUUAGGAUGUUUGAUGUGCUGCUGGGUACAUUCCUUUUCGACGUGGAGCUGGCAAACAUCACCUUCAGUACUGGGGUCCUGACUGUAGCCGAAGCCAAUGCCCAAGGCAUCAGUGUGCAGGAGAACCGACUGUCUAAUGGAUCGAAAACCUUCACACUCCAAGUGCCCUUCUCUGAUCCAGUUGUCUUGAAGCAUAAUCCAAGCCCUGAGGUCACAACCUACACACUUCCCCUCCUGUACGGUCUGAUGGUCCUGCCAGAACAAACACCUUUCCCUCACCCCGCUCUCGUUGAGGCUACUGUUCAAGAUAUCGUUCUGCCUACUGUGACUGGAAUUUGUGAUCAAGAGAGAUUCUAUGUCACAGUGGAAUAUGGCAAUCGCGGGAGUAACUUUAAAACCUAUGUGGGACAGAGGGAGCUAUCUCCAGAGGUUGCUGAAGAGUAUGGUUUCUAUGAGAACAGCACACACAUGACACUUGCUGUGUCUUAUCUGGCUUCUGAUGUGGUAUUUGAACUGGUCCAGCCUUCAUCAGUGAGGGGCAGAUUAGAUUUGUAUCUUUUUGAUCCCAACAACAACUGGAUCCUCAGAGACUUCUCUUUGGCUUGCCCGUUUCCUAUGACGAUGACUGAGUGUCUCUCAAAUGGGACAAUGACUGCCCUUGCAGUGAAGGUUGAAUCUGUCCCUCAGCUGGUUCCCAGUCAGCUGACUCUGAAGGAUCCCUCCUGUAGACCCACUUUCAGCAAUGAUCGCUUUGCUUACUUCACUUUUGACCUGACCAGCUGUGGAACCACUAGAGCAUUCUUUGAUGGUGUUGUGAUGUACCAAAAUGAGAUCUCAGAUGGUUCUGGACAUGCUGUUAAACGUCCCGGUGCUCAGAAGGGUGUAUCCAGGACCAGUCCUCUUGAACCAGAAUACCGGCUGACUGUUUCCUGUUACUACUUGCUCAAUGACACCAAGACGAUUGCUUUUGUCCCACGGCCCAUGAGCAAUGAACCAAUAGCUGAUGUAGGUUUUGGGGAACUGCAAGUCUGGAUGAGGCUUGCCAAGGACAUGUCUUAUGAUGUGUUCUAUACGGAGCAAGAAUUCCCUGUGGUGCAGCACUUGAGACGACCUCUAUACUUUGAAGUGGAGCUUCGCCAGUCCAUCGACCCUCGGAUGGAGAUUGUCCUGGAGAACUGUUGGGCAACUCUACAUGAAGACAGAGCCUCCACCCCAAGAUGGGACCUCAUCGUAGAUGGCUGUGAGAAUUCUGCUGACCAAUAUCUAACGGCUCUGGUCUCUGUGACGCCGGAUACCAGAGUGCAGUAUCCUACACACUACAAACGCUUUGAGGUCAAAAUGUUUACUUUUGUCAGGGAUGAGCGAGUCUUGACUGACCAGAUUUUCGUCCACUGUGACGCUGUACUUUGUGAUUCUGGUAAAGAGACCGCAGGUGUCUGCAGUAAACGGUGUGCUUCACAGCCUGGUAGAAACAGCAUUAAAGCUCAGGGAGGACACAAGCACAUGAUUCCAGAGCAGUAA